UUCUGUACGCUCUUUUUAGGUCACAUUAGCUGUACUGAAAGGAGAGCAGUAGAAAGAGAAAGGAACCGCACAGCUUUAGGAGCCCACUCACGCCUGCCGAGGCUGCGCGUUGACGUGUCCACACCUUUGCUCACGCUGUUCCUUCUGUCAUUCUUAUGCUCCAUCCUGGCCUCUCCCUCAAGGACAACUUAAACCACCUGCGGUUUCACUUCCGUCCUCUACCCACACGUGCUCUUCACUAAGUGCAGCCCUUGCAGUAGAGGGCUCACCACAUCGGCACGAUUACUUGUGUCUUUCUGCCUAGAGCAGGGUCCUCAACCCUACCUAGCACUGCUGACAUUGUGGGUCCCAUAGUUCUGUGUUGUGGAGGGUUGUCCUUGUACAGACUUGACCAGCUUCCCUGGCCUCUACCCACUAGGUGCCAGUAGCAUCCUCUCCAGUUGUGACAGCCAAAAAUGCCCCCAGACUUUGCCAAAUGUUCCCCUGGGGGGCAAAUCUUACCUGGUUCUCCUUUGAGAACCGUUGAUUUACAGAGUGGGCCAUGUAAGGCUUAGCGUAAGUUUAAUAACAACCUCCCAACUCUUCUGGACUUGAAAUCUCCCACAGCAAUUUCACAAACCCACUUCGAAAAUUUUUACAUAAUGCUAAAGGUAUGAUAAAGUAGUGACUUAAGCAAAACAAAAUUAGUAUAUUAAAACUAAGGUUCAUUUAACUUAGUCUUUAGUAAUGUCUAUUAUGUCAGCAUUUCAGUUUUUCACACUUAGGUGUUGCUCCCCAGAACUCCCCUUAGUAAUGUAGGAAACAGUCUGAGCGCUGAAAUCGCAGCCCCUACACUCCACAGUGCCUCCACUGAUCUUGUCAUUGUCCAACAUAUUUUUAUUUCUACUGUUCAUCAUCUAUCCCUGCCUAAGCUCCAAGAUAACAGAGACUUUGACUCCCAUCACCAAGAGCAGUGCUUAGUCCAAAGUAGUGCCUCAGCAAAUGAUUAUCAAGUGAAUGCAUUUCAUCAGCUUUAAAAUAAUUUUUGAAAUAAAUUUUAAAAUAAAAUUUUGAUUUCUUUUAAAAUAAAAUGCUACCAAAAUAGAGAUUGAAAUUUAAUUUUUUUUAGAGCCGUGAGAGUUUCCUUAAACUGCUCUUUAGAAUUCUUUGUUUUGUACUUAAAGUCACCUGGUUUGUUUUUAUGGUUUUCAUGUUAUAUUUCUAAAUGACUUGCUAACAGGUUUUAAGCUGCAAUUUGAAGCUCUUCUCCCUGGAUGCAGCUGUGGAAAGUGCUUAGUAUUAAUAAAUGAAAAUUCAAAUAUUCCUGUUUAUAGCAAGGAUAUAUGUAUGUGGGUUUGGACACAUGCUUUUAUUUGUCCAUCAAUUCUAGACAUGGUCAUGCAGCUUUGAUCAGGAACUUCACCUCUGCCAGGAGACAUGAAUUGUAAUAGUUGCCCAGUUCUUUUCAAGUGAAAGGAACUUUCAAUCCUAAAUGCCCAACCAAAAUGAACCUUCUGGUAGUUUGCAGAGCAGUUUGCUAUAUGUUCUCAGCUGUGCAGCAUGCACACACAUCUUUGGACACUCUAGCCUGAUAGCUCCUGGUAUGCUUUCCUGAAGAUUUAUUAAACUAAAAUGAUACUCUGGAGAGGCAUCAAGCUGCUGGAAGCCAUUUCAGGCACUUUUUACUACAGAAUCAAACGCACAGGUCUCUGCUGAUAUGUAAUAGACAUUUAAGAAAUUAUGUGUAUUCCUCUGCAUGCCUGUCUUCACUCCCAGAGGGAACCACUGUCUUUAAUCUUGUGUUGUUCUUUCACUUGCUUUCAUCUGUGUGUUCCUGAACUUCAUGUAACUUGAGUCAUUUACAGUGUCUUCUGUAACUUCGUGACUUACCUGUUCUUGAGAGUCCUACAAGUACACUGGUAUGUCAGUAGUUGGUACCUUCAAGGUUUUGUUUUUGUUACGAGGUUCUCAGGUGGAAUGGCUGGCUCUCUGAUUUUUUAAAAGAACAAAGCAGCAUCUGGAGGAAUUUCUCAUUUUAAAGGGCAAUUCCCCGUAUUUUGAACACUGUUCCUUGGCUUGGGGAACUAGUGUUCCUAGGCCUGGGGAAAUAGUCUUGCUAUUCCAGCUUCCCUUGGUGACUCCAGCUUGAGGCCAAGGCUUUUGGAGCAGAUAAACCCACAUAGGUCUUGAAGUAGGAAGGGAGCAAGUGCCAAAGCUCUUAAAUAAUUUCUACUGAAUUUCAGCACAUCACUUGCUGUAAAAUUGAGAUGUAUUUCAAAAAGAGUCGGAGCUGUUUUUGUGCUCCUAGAGAACUUUAUUUAUAAAUGUGUUCGGUACCUGUGUUAUAAGGAAUUUGACCUCACUCAAGAGAGGUUGACUUUUGACAGGUAACCUGUAAACACUUUCCAAGUGAUAGCAAUGUGUUAUUCAUGGAGGGACCUCAGACCGUAUCAGCCCCAGUCAGGGACCUGGAGCUGGAGAUGGCCUUCAUCCAGGUGGUCCUUUUGGAGUCAGUCUUGACAACGCCACGGAGGCUCUACAGACUGGCACACUGACGCUCAGCGGAGCCUCCAGUUGGCAGGACUCCACGCAUGUUGUCACUCGUGGAUGCCGGGAGGGUGAUGCCUCCUGUUUGGAACUUUCCUAGACUCUGCCCUCUGCAUCUCUUCCUUGGCUGGUUCUCCUUUGUACACUUUCAGUGAAUCCUGUCACAAUUUGUGAGAUGAGUGACUCAGAUGAUGAUGACGUCCCUCAGCUUUCUUCCCACGCCUUAGCAGCUCUCCAGGAAUUCUAUGCCGAGCAGAAGCAACACCCCGACCCAAAUGGGGAUGACAAAUACAACAUUGGAGUAAUAGAAGAGAACUGGCAAUUGAGCCAGUUUUGGUACAGCCAGGAGACAGCUCUGCGACUUGCCAAGGAAGCCAUCGCGGCUGCUGGGGAAGGUGGCAGGGUGGCGUGCGUGAGCACCCCCAGCGUUUACCAGAAGCUGAGGGAGCUGCGCAGCAAGCUCCUUUCCGUCUGCUUGUUUGAGUUUGACCGGAGGUUCGCCGUAUACGGGGAAGACUUCAUCUUCUAUGAUUACAGCCGUCCUCUGGACUUCCCUGGGGACGUCGCCGCACACAGCUUUGACGUAGUGAUAGCAGAUCCCCCCUACCUCUCUGUGGACUGUCUCAGGAAAACAGCAGAGACUGUCCGGUACCUGACUCGGGGCAAGAUUCUGCUAUGCACAGGUGCCGUCUUGAAGGAGGAGGCAGCCAGACUCCUAGGAGUGACGCCCUGCAGGUUCCUCCCGACACACUGCCGGGUGCUGGCCAACGAGUUCUGCUGUUAUGCGAACUAUGACUCGGGGCUAGAUCAUGAUGUCUGAGUGCAGGAAAGGACACUGUCACAGCACCGAGACCUCCACGCACACCGGCUCGCAAGGUGAGGGCAGGUACCUCCCUGGGCUUCCUGGAGCCCAUCAGAGCUCAGGCUCUGUUCAGCUUGAAUCUGUGGGAUGUGGUUGGAAAAAUCUCAGAGCCAUCUGGCUGCUGUCCUCACUUAGCGUGACAGAAGUGUGGACAGCUUGGUGGCUUGGCUAGCACCUGUAUCAGAGACCCUGGCCUCUGCUCGGGGCCCUGCGUCCCCGCAGUGGGCUCCUUCUGGAUGCCUGCCGAGGGCCUAGCAUCUCUCGGGGACACACAACUUGCCUUGGGAACUGGUGUCCUAGAGCCUGUGGGACUUUUCUUUGGAGGGAGGACAAGGACGCAGCCCAGGGGCCCUCUGCACUCACCUUGGUGACAGCAAAGGCUCCAACUCACCUGAGAACUUGGAAGCACCAUCUGCAAACCCAACACCACAGCAGAGGGACGUGUGUCGUGUGCUGGACCCCAGUACUGUUGGAAACAUCCCCCCUGUACCUCAGCAACCCAGGGGCCACCUGCUGGUACCCACACAUGGGUGGAUUGCAGGGCAUGGACUGCGUUUCCAUUUAUGGAACAGUACUGUCACACAGAGGACAGGUCAGGUGGGAGGCAGAGGCUGGGAUGGGGUGGGGUGACUUUGUGGUGCUUGGACCGCUGGGACUCUCGGUGCAGUGGUGACACAAGUCUAUACACAUGACACAGCACUGCAUAAUCACAUGCAUGGACAGCUGGUGAACUGAGUGCAGCCUUGGGCGAUGCCCACGUCCAUCCGUGGUUGUGACGUGGUAGUUAUGUGAUGUGGCACUGUUGGGGCAAACGAGGUGAAGGACACACAGAGCUCUAGUAUUUUUGCAGUUUUCUGUGAUGUGAGGUUGAAAAUCGGAGACGGGGGUUGUUUUCAUUUCAGCAAAACCCAGUGCAUCCUGGAGCAGGGAGCGGACGCUGGGGCCUGCACGCGGCCUAUGUGGGGCCUAUCCUGUUCUUUCUCGGAUCUCAGUUGUCAUACUGUGGGACAGUGUCAAAUAUAAGUGCUCUUUAAAAAUAACCCCUAGUGUAUCAUUUCCUUAUGAAGCAGUUCCUAAAACUUACCUAAGGCAGUAAUGCAUUUUCCUUAACAAAUCACGUGUAGAAAUGUAACUUAGGAAUUGUGGGCAAGGAGCAGCCUAGGAAUAACAGAUUUUAGUUGUUCUGUAGACCUAGUAUUUAGAGGAGGAGAGAAACCUUAUUUCUCAGAGGGCAGGGGAGGAGGGGCAAAGCCUGACACAAAAACUAGAAUUACAUUUUAAUAAGCAGCCAACAUGUUUUUUUACUGCUUUGGACACCCUUCUGUGACUCUGGUUCCAAGCCACUCAUGUCUGUCUCCAGUCUGCUCCUGACUUCAUGACCUGCAGCUGUGCCUAGUAGCGAGAACCAGGCCUGGUCACUCCCUGCAUGUCUCAGUGCACACAGCAGACACAGUGUGCAGGGCCACCAGCUUGAGGACCAGAAAGGCUGGGGCAUGCCCUCACGUGGGUCUACUUGCGUGCCAGAAGCUCACUGGCCGAGUUCUCCUCAGGUGACUGCAUCGCACGCCUCACACAGAACCACAAAACCCAAGGCUGUAUGGCAGACAUCUUUGUAAGUCCAUCCUAACCUGGAGGUUUAUGCCGAGACCAGGUAACUAUGAGUAAGCACGCAGAGGGUCAUAACUGCGGUUUGGCUGGCAACUCAGAAUGGUUUCUGGUAAGUGACACUCAGCUGUGUGUUGGGGUUUUGGACAACAAAAGCCUGAUGACUCCUGAGCCCCAUUUCAGUUGGAGCAGGGCCCAGUUACUGAAACUGACCCUGUUCCCUUUGCUGGGACAGAAGAGAUGCAGUCCGUGGAAUGGCUGGCAUGAGCCAGUGUCUUUGGACUGCUAUUUCCAAAUGAUUCUGGUUUUCUAAAACAAGCAUACACUAGAAAGUCAGUUCGUUAGGAAAAGUUCUGUAAUAACCAUGGUAACGGCAUUCUGAGGGUUGCCACGAAACCCUCAAGACAGGAUUAAAGGAACAGGCACUGUGGCCCUUUGUUGAGAGGACAGAACGCGGUAGGAAACUUAAAUCUCAUGCUGGUACUCUGCAAAGCCUGGAAACAGCACCUGCCCACAUCAGUGACGUCAGCCAUGGUAACGUGUUAUGAGGGGUGUGCUUGAACUUUAGCUGGUGUGAUUUUUCUGGCCCGUAAAUUUACCUAUUCGUCUGAUGACACAACUAACCUCUCCAUCUCAAAAACCCCUUUCAUUUUAACAAGAACAAAAUUCUGCCCAAUAAACUCAUUCUUCAUUGACACAUUAUCCCCCCAAUAUUGGGUCACUGCCCCCCGAGUUCAACAUAUUACAUCUAGUUGCUGUUGCCUAGGGACUUCAUUUAAACUUACCUUUUGUACCAAGAAAUACACGCACUUGGAAGUGACAAACUGCUGGAGCAAUAAACAGACCAUGGAGAAAGCUUGCUAUUUAUUUUAUUUAUUUUUUUUUUCAGCUGAGCCAUCCUGCCACCUGUUGGCAGCUCAGCUCGGGCCAGGCCUUGAACCGCUGUUGCUCAGAGCUCGCACUCUUGAGCAAGCUCUUAAUCAACUGAGCCAUUCGGCUACCCCUACAGCUCGCUAUUGUCACUGUAUCUGUGGAUCACUGGGGCAGCACUGGAGCCAUGCCAGGUGCUUGUGGGGUGUGGGCAUCAAGGUGCGGUAGGCAGCAGCCGUCCAUGCCUAGCUGAUAGCGCAGGUCCCGGUUCCAGCCAAGUGCCACAUGUGUGGUCAGAGCAGGCUGCAGGGCAAGUGCUCAACAGACUGAUUUAAGUCAGUGAGGGUGCCAUUCAGGGAAAAAGUACAAAUAGUGCUACCUGGGUACGUACUUAAGAGUGCAGGCCAGUUUCUUCCACUGGGAAUGUGCUACCUUUUAACUAAGUUUAAACUAAUAAUACUCAAGAAUAAAAGUGACAUUUUCUCCAUGCAAACUGUUUUCCUGAUGUUUGCACUAUGUAUAUUUGAGGAGUGGCUAGGAAACGUUACACAAUAGUGAUGAUUGAAGCCACCACCAAAUCACUAGUGUGAAAAGCAAUUUUUCUUUGUAAUUUAUGGAUUUUUGUUGCUGAUCUAAACUAGCAACAGAAAGUAACUCUGACUCUUGUUUCUGGCUGAGAACGUAUUCCAGAUAUACGUGCUAGGGAUACCUUUUUAUAAAGAGCUUGAACAGUUUGGUAAAAUUUCCCAAUCUGUACAGAACUAUCCACAGCUAUCACCUUCAAUUUUAUUUGGAAAAUCCGGAUUUGCUCAGCAGUGUGUGUGUAUCAUGUACAACUUCUGUUGACAGUACCCUCCGUCCAGGUCAUACUAAGGGACGGUAACGUGGGUGGCCAAAGUUGCGUCAUGUCUGUGGCAGCAGAAGCUUGGAGUGUAGGACAUAUAUAAAGGGCACUUCUCGGCUUAGUUGGGUGUCACAGGAGCAAAGAGCUAAUUCACUUUAUGUGACUAGUGAAUCUAAGACCAAA